AUGGCUACGUCUUUUGAUCUCUCUGCUCAAGAAAUCUGCACAAAACGCAUCCACCGCAAUACUUCCACGGCGGUGUUGUACGAAGCGGCAAUCGGCAGUCACGACGGUCGCAUCACCUCUACCGGAGCCUUGCUCACCACCUCGGGCGAGAAGACAGGACGUAGCCCCAAAGACAAACGAGUCGUGGCCCAUCCCGACAGCGAGGGUGACAUUUGGUGGGGCCCCGUCAACAUCAAGAUGGAAGAGGAAAGCUUUCUGUCGAAUCGCCAACGAGCGAUCGAUUACCUCAACUCGCUCGAAGAGGUUUUCAUCGUCGAUGGCUUCGCAGGCUGGGACCCCGAGUCGCAGCUCAAAGUCCGCGUGAUCUGCGCCCGUCCCUAUCACGCCUUGUUCAUGCACAACAUGCUCAUUCGCCCCACCGAGGAGCAGUUGGCCGAUUUCGGCGAGCCCGACUAUGUGAUUUACAACGCCGGCGGUUUUCCGGCCGACCCCCACACCCCGGGAGUCAACUCGGAAACUUCCGUUAAUCUCAGCUUCGAGCACCGCGAAUUCGUGAUUCUGGGAACUCAGUAUGCAGGUGAAAUGAAGAAGGGCAUCUUCACGAUCAUGCAUUACCUGAUGCCGAAGAACGACAUCUUUUCGAUGCACUGCUCGGCGAACGAAGGUGACGACGGUGAUGUGAGUCUGUUCUUCGGACUCUCGGGCACCGGCAAGACCACCCUCUCGGCCGACCCGGAGCGGGCCUUAAUCGGGGAUGACGAGCACUGCUGGGGAGACAACGGAGUCUUCAACAUCGAGGGCGGCUGCUACGCCAAGUGCAUCGAUCUUUCGUACGAGAAAGAACCGAUAAUCUUCAACGCUGUCCGCUACGGGUCGGUGUUGGAGAAUUGCGUUCUCAAUGAAGAAAGUCGCGUCGUCGAUUACACCGAUGCCUCGCUGACCGAAAACACCCGGGCAUCGUACCCGAUCGAGUUCGUGCCCAAUGCCAAGAUCCCCUGCGUCGGCGGGCACCCGAAGAACAUCAUUCUACUCACCUGCGAUGCGUUCGGCGUAUUGCCUCCGGUUUCGAAGUUGACGCCCGAACAGGCGAUGUAUCACUUCAUCAGCGGGUACACCGCCAAGGUGGCCGGCACGGAAGUGGGCGUAACCGAGCCGGAAGCCACAUUCUCGGCCUGCUUCGGAGCCGCGUUUUUGGUGUGGCACCCGACGAAGUAUGCCGAAAUGCUGGCCGAAAAGAUGCGUCGCCACAACGCGACCGCAUGGCUGGUCAACACCGGCUGGUCGGGCGGUGCCUAUGGAGUGGGUUCGCGGCUCAGCCUGAAGUACACGCGGGCAAUCAUUCACGCCAUCCACUCGGGCGAACUCGCGGAAGCCGACACCACGGAAGACCCCUUGUUCGGUCUGCACAUCCCCACGCACUGUGAAGGUGUGCCGGCCGAGGUACUAGUGCCGAAGAACACGUGGGAAGACCAGGAAGCGUUCGUCGAAACAGCCAACAAGCUGGCCCGCCUGUUCCGCGAGAACUUCAGCGAAUACGCCGACGAGGCUAGCGAAGCGAUUCUGCAGGCCGGCCCAAAAGAAGCCGCCCCGGCGUAG